CGUGUUACAGAACAGACAGACUUUCUCUCCCUCAAACUGUGACAUAAUUUCUUACACACCUGGCAAACUGUUCUCUCUCGCGGUUCAACGGAAGCUGGACUAGUUUCGUUUAUCAUCAAACCCGGUGCGGACAUGCCAAGUAGUCACGGUGUCCUUGCUGCUCUUCUUUUCGCCACCCUCGCGGUAGUCAUCGUUACUAGCGGCAUCGUUCAGCAGAAACGUGCAGCGAAUUUCGACUAUUACGACGAUGGCUAUCAGAAUUUUCAGCCUGUGGUGAAGUUCCAAAGGCCAAUCGUAGUUCCAGAAUUCCCAAAGAAGGAUCAACAAGAUCUCAGUAAGAUACCCGGUAUUCCUGGAGUGGACUAUCCGAUUUAUCACAGCGUUCCAAAGACCAGUUUUUCUUGUGCUUAUGUACCCCAUGUACCAGGAAUGUACGCGAAUGUAGAGACUGGUUGCCAGGCGUAUCACAUAUGUCACGAUGGCAGAGAAGGUCAGCAAGGUGCCUCGUUUCUUUGCACUAAUGGGACUCUUUUUAAUCAGCAAGACUUUGCUUGUGAUUGGUGGUAUAACGUGAAUUGUGCUUUAGCGCCACAAUAUUACAGAUUAAAUUCAGAUCCAUUGACGAAUCCUUAUGUGUCGAAAGAAGAAAAAGACGCUAUCAGGCAGAGAUUAAAUCGCAUCGUAGUGCUUUAGUUUUUAAUUUUAAUCAAUGAAAAUUUUAUCAAAUUUAUUUAUAAUACUGCGGAGAUCAUGAUAUUAAAAAUUUAUUAUAAAAUCAUUGAUAUAUCUGGCAAAUAAUCAUUCCAAAAUUAUAUUGCGAAAUUGGUUGUGGAAAAAAUUUUGAUAAAAAUUCUAAACAUAUAUUUUGAUAUGUAUAUAAAAAUAUUCAUAUAUUAAAUAUUUAAUGUAUAGAUACUUUUAUCAAAAUAUUGGAAAUUUAUAUUUAAUAAUAAAAUAAACUAUCAAUAUUUUAUGCAUUUUUACAAGGUAAAACACAUAAAUUGUAUCUUAAAGAAAGAUUUCGAUCAAUCACAUAAUCUCCGCAGAAUUAACGAUUAGAUAACGAUCGAAGUACCAUCGAGUUUUACUUUAUAUUCUAUACGUUUUAUAUAUUUUUAUUCUUGCUUCAAAGUUCAUCGAAAAAGCACGCGUUUAAAGAAAAUGAAAGUAAAGAAUAAAAUUGUAAACAAUGAAGUAGAACCGAUAAUGUAAAAGUUCAGAUAUUAUUCACAAAUUUAUUUCUGUCUCUUUUCUUUAUCGUAUUUUGAAAAAUUUCUUUAUCACUUAACACAUUGGCCAUCGCAAAAAAUUGAAAGUUUUUAUGUACUCAAAAAAAUUCGGAUAUUGAAUUCCAUAAAUUUGCAAGUUUCUCUCAAUUAGAAGGUAUGCUUGUUAAUAAAAUGAUAACUUUUCAUUGUUUAUGAAUUAGGUAUAUCUAUGUACACAUAUAUACACGCACACGCAUGCACAUAUAUAUAUAUAUAUGUGAUCUAUGAGAUCUAUAAUAAUCGGUAUAGUUUCAAAAUAAAAUCAAAUUGAAAAUAUCCUCAGCAGAAAGAAAAAUAUAUAUUCGAUAGAAUUAUUAAAAACUAUACAAUAAUAUUCGAUAGAAAAUCAAAACGAAAAAAGAAAGAAAGAAAGAAAGAAAGAAAAAAUAUGUUUAACAAUUAAGAAAUACAAUUAAUGUAUCCCGAACAUGAGAGAUUUUUCGUUAUCUCUAAUAGACGUACCAAAUGAAAAUAAAAAAAAAAUCUCGUUACA